CACAUCGUUGGCUGGGAAUGGGCGACUGCCGCGUCACGCUCAGAUAUAAAGCGGGCGAUUGCGGGCUAGUUGCAAACUUCAAGAGAGAUCUCUGAGUCAUGCUGGAUGGGUUCCGAUCACACUUUUGCAAAUCGCAUCAAUCCCAACGAAGUUAGGCGCAGGGGCCGGACAGGGUGAAAACGCUAACACACACAGCCAGAGACGGAAGGAAAUCACCCGUUCUGGGAUUUAAACCACACUGUCGUUUACUUCAAGGAUAAAAUCAGUCAAGGAGGGCAGGGCGAUCUGCCUCCGUCGAAGGGAUUUCUCCUCACCUCGCUUCGUCUUUUGAUUUUGGACAAUUUGAUUCAGUCGCUCCGGGGACGAGAAAGGUCCUGGCACGGGCGAGCUUGGCAGCGGAGCGCCGGCGCUGGUUAUCUGACUGGUUUUGCGGAGGGAGCGCACAUGGAGCAUCGGGUUGGCUGCGUUCUCCUGGCGCUGCUCCGCUGGCGGCUGUGCGGCGCAGUCCAGUGGCUAGGCGUCGCAGUGAGCGGCGCGGCUUUAGCCUGGAACCAGACUCAUCACUGUAAGCUGGUGGCGGGGUUGGUCCCCGAUCAGCUGCAGCUCUGCCGGAGGAACCUGGAGCUCAUGCACAGCAUAGUCUUCGCGGCAAAACAGACGAGGCUGGUGUGCCAAAGCACUAUGGCAGACAUGCGAUGGAACUGUUCCUCUAUACAAUUAGCGCCCCACUUCAAUCCGGAUUUAAACCGAGGAACAAGGGAAUCGUCCUUUGUGUACGCCCUCUCUUCCGCUGCACUCAGCCACUCCAUUGCUCAGUUCUGUGCCUCUGGGGAGUUGCCCUCCUGCUCCUGUGGCCCAGUCCCAGCAGAGGUGCCGGGGCCUGACUUCAGGUGGGGUGGCUGUGGAGACAACCUCCGCUACGGGCUGCAGCUGGGCUCGUUUUUUGCGGAUGCGCCGAUGAAGGGGAGUAGGUCUGGAACUCAGGCAAACAGGUUAAUGAACAUGCACAACAAUGAAGUUGGCAGACAGGUGGUGAUCGAUUCACUGGAGACUAAGUGCAAGUGCCAUGGUGUUUCUGGUUCAUGUUCUGUAAAAACUUGCUGGAAGGGACUACAGGAAAUGCACAAAAUUGCAAUGGACCUGAAAACCAAGUACCUGGCAGCUACCAGAGUGAUCCACCGCCACGUUGGUACCAAGAAACAGCUGGUGCCGAAAGAGCUGGACAUCAGGCCGGUGAGGCAGACCGAGCUGAUUUACCUGGUGGGCUCACCCGACUACUGUACGGCAAAUGAAAAGCAAGGUUCCUACGGCACUCAGGAGAGACAGUGCAACAAAACGUCCGUGGGCAGUGACAGCUGUAACCUAAUGUGCUGUGGUCGGGGAUACAAUGCAUACACAGAGACGAUUAUUGAGAGGUGCAAUUGUAAAUAUCACUGGUGCUGCUACGUAACCUGCAAGAAGUGUGAAAGGACCGCAGAGAGGUACGUGUGUAAGUAACUCCCAAGGAACCUGUAGGACACAAAGGCAUCAUAGCACUUGCCUAUACCAAGUAAUAUCGGACAGUAGGCUAUCAUUUUAAAAAGCUUGGAGACUGGUUGCCAAAAAGACCAAUGUUCCUUGGAUGCUACUGGGAAAAACAAGCGGAACUGAGAUAAAAAUAUCUAUAUUGAAAGAAAAGGAGAGCAGAGAAGAUUCAAAAUCAACGAGUCAAGAGGAAGGACUCUUGUUAAUUAUCUUCAAAAGGUUGGCAAAUGGGCACAUCUUCAAUUCCUUUGUUCCUUUGCUGUGUUCAGUGACCUGAAGGACAGCGUAAAGGUUUGGGAGCAUGAAUACCAGUGAACUGGGAAAGGAGAAUGGCAAAGAGAAACUACAGAGCUGUGAUAGACCGUGAUCAAUUGGUGAAGAAAAAGGAAGUGAUAAAUAAAAGCAGAGUGAUAAGAGAUGCAGCUCACUCUGGGAAACAUUAAAACAGGGCUCACUUCUACAUCACUGAGGACGCAAAUGUUGCAUUGAGGCACAUGGCCAUCUGAAAUCCUAAAAUUAACAACGUAACAGGUGCAGCACAAGCGAUCCCAAAAAGGUGUAGCACACUCUCCACCUUGUUGGGAGUAUCAUUUUAAUAUCAAUGUAAGAUGUUAGAUUGUGUUGUGUUGGAGCCAACUGAAACGAGCAGUAAGUGUGCCACCUUACCACUUUGAUAAAGUGAUACCACUUUGUUGUAAAGCUUCCGGGGUUGCCAAAAACUUGUCAGUUCUUAUUUAUAGAUGUGAUUUUUUUUUUGACACAGGCAAGUUUU